AUGGGCCAGAUUAGGAAGGGCGGUACAACAGAGGGACUUGGUGUUGGUGUUUUGGAACAUCAAAGAUGGACAGGGUUUUCGCGGAGAUCACUCCUCAGAUAUCUCCACAACUACAGAUCGGGGAUCUUCCAAAAUCGAGAAGAUUGGUGCAUAUGGCUAGGUCUCUUCACCUUACAAUUUGUAUGGCACUUUGGCCCGGGGUUGUGGUGUGGUAGGGGAGAACGGGGGAUACUCCCACACAGGAGUUUUGAACAACGUCCGGUUCACGUUUGGCUGGAUAACUCCACCACCACACAGGGUAUGCGGUCGGCGAUGGGGUCAGAAUGCUCGUAUGAUCGAGGGCUUUUCGAUGGAUCUAUCGGCGGGUUCUUAUUCGAAAAAUCGAGCGAGUUCGUGGUGGAGCGGUUGCUAUUAUUAGUUACUUAG